UCAACCCACCCCUAGAUUUAGACUUCACCUGUUUGCCUCCUAGUCCCCACCAUAGCCUCGUGGAGGAGGCCUAUCAGACAUGUUGAACCUGGUGCCUGCUAUAGCAUGUAGAUGCUGCUUAUAAUGAAAGAGCUCCCUUGCCGACCCGGCCGGCCGUCCCUUGGCCUGGGUAUCUCCUCUCAUUCGUUUUUCCCGUAACAUUAGCUCCAACGCUUGCAUCUAUACUCCACCACGCCAGCGCGCCUCUCGUCCAACCAUCAGCCAAACCACAUCUUCACCCUGUCGAUCAACCAAGAUCCAAGGCUCUAGUUAGUUACAGCUAGCCACAAGUAAUUGCAUACCUAAGUAGCGUACCAACCAACCCACCGACCCUCGAGCGCCGGGAUAGCAUGCCGACGCAUAUGUUCGAAUACAUUAUCCGGACCAGCCCUUCGGGCCGGCACCACCACCACCGCAACAGUCACGACUCGCACUACCACUCGCGGACGACGACGACGACGCGCUGCUUCGACACCUGCGCCGGCGUCGCGGUCGAGAAGUGGAACGGGCUCGUAGAGCAGAACCACGAGCUAGCGAGCUCGAACGAAACGCUGACGCGCGAGAACCAGACGCUAAAAACGGAGCUGCAGAGCGCGGGCCAGGAGAACGCGCGGCUGUCGUCGUGCAACGAGCGCCUGGCGGCGGAGGUGUGCUCGCUGCGGCGGUCGCGCUCGGCGGACGGCGAGACGGCGGCGGGGUUCCGGCGGCGCAUCGCGGCGCUGACGAAGGAGGUCGGGGAGCGCGAGGCGGAGGCCGACAGCCUGCGCAGGAAGAAGGGGUACCUGGCGACGCGCGUCGACGUGCUGAGCGAGACGGUGUCCAAGGACGCGCGCACGAUCGCCGACCUGACGAGGGAGCUGGCCGAUUUGCGGAGGCACGCUGAUCGCUUCAAGGCGCUGUACGAUAAGUACAGGCGCCUGUUCCAGGACCGCGAGAGGGAUGUCGAGGAGAGCAAUCGCCUAGUCGAGGAGCAGCGGCGCCGGCUGAGGUAUCUCGAGAGCCCGCUGCCGUUUCGGAGGGGGCGGCGGUAUAGCUGUGCUUAAGAGGUGCCCGAGGGAGUUUGGGGGAUUCUGUCUGCUAGUACUCUGCGUUGCUACUUUGCGCGUCUACGAUUUUCAGGGGUGGGUGUUUCUAGGGGGCUGCGGGUUAGGCUAGCAUUGGAUAGUAUGAACGACUUUCCCUACUACGCUACGAUGUUUACAGUUUCAUUUCGUUGAAGUUUACGCGUUACGCCGAAUAGGGGAUAUGGAUAGGGGUUAAGGGGUCGGAAGAGCCAACUAGUUCGGUCUCUCAUUAUUCUUUUUUUCGAGGUUACGAUGUACGACUAUGUGUGAUCUUCUUACCUGUACUUAAAAUUUGAUACCAGAAUUUCAGUUCGUUUCUUUUGUUUCCGUGGGGGAU